AUGGCCUGGGCACGACUACUCCUCUCAGCCGUUGUGCUGGGCCGUCUGGCCGUCUGCCACCCUGCCAGCAAGACGCUUUUGCGUCGUGAUGGCGCCGAUGGCGACGACAUCAUCUUCUAUGACUCGACAGUAAGGGAGGCCACGCGCGUUCCCCAAGUUCUUGUCUGGGUCGAUAGCGACGGCAAGCCAGUUGAGACAGCUACGGAGAGCGUGCUGCUGCUACCAACGUCUUUGGCCCUCGGCCACGACAAAGCUUCAGCGGUGAAAGCCUCCGCGACUGCUCCCCUGUCGACACAGACCCUGCUCCUUCCAACUCAGCACGCCAGCGAGACUACUGCUGCUGCAGCACCGCUGCCACCACCGCCAGCACCGGAAUCCAAGAAGCCGCCCACACCGGAGCCGGCAGAGGAUAGUCAUGCCUCAGCGCAGGGCUCUCAACCUUCGGCCCAGGCCAUGUCCUCACGCCCGGAACCAACUGCGGCCACCGUCCCCGACCUCCCUGCUCCUCAGGAGUCACACGAAGGCACGCAGUCCGAUCAAUCGGACUCGAGCUCUGCUCCCCCAACAUCGGAGCGCUAUGGAAUCUCGUACGCACCGUACCGAGCAGAUCAUCAGUGCAAGUCAAAGGCGGAGAUCGAGUGUGACCUGGGCCACCUUGCCAAGCAAUAUUCCUUGGUGCGCAUCUACGGUACGGACUGUGAUCAAGUCCAAAACGUUUACUCCGCUGCCAAAGCUCUGGGUAUGAAGCUCUUUGUCGGCAUCUGGGAUCCACAGCAAGUCGAAAACGAGGCGAAAAUCAUUACCUCUGCCGUUAACGGCGACUGGGACAUGAUCCACACCGUCAGUGUCGGAAACGAGCUUGUCAACAAUGGAAAAGCCACGGCAGAUCAGGUCGUGUCGGCAGUCAGGUCUGUGCGCUCAACGCUCCGCGAAGCCGGAUACAAGGGCCCGGUGGUGACUGUCGACACCUUCACGGCCGCCAUGGCGCACCCAGAGCUCUGCAGUGCAUCCGAUUACUGCGCUAUCAACGCACACGCCUUCUUCGAUAAAGAUGUGACGGCGGCCGAGGCCGGUCAGUGGCUACGCAAAACAGUGGGCGGAGUCAAGGACGCACUGCCGAGCCCUAAAAACGUCGUCGUCACUGAAACCGGCUGGCCGAUGAAGGGGCAGCGGAACGGACUGGCGGUGCCAAGUCUGGAGAACCAGAAGGCGGCACUGAGCUCCAUCAGGCAAGAGUUCUCGAACACCCCUGGAGACGUUAUCCUCUUUUCGGCCUUCAACGAUCGCUGGAAGGAGAACAAUGCAGGCACCUUCAACACAGAAGGAUUCUGGGGAAUCAUUGGGGCUUCUCACUGUGAGCAGUAG